UAAUACCUAAGCACCUAGACUUUUGUCGGCUCACUCUGCAAACCUUCCUCCUGCACUUCGUUUCCAAUGUCUUGUGGUGUUAUCGCUCGGUGCUGAAGAAGUGCUCCACCGCCGCCGCCGCUUCCCGCUUGCUUGCAGACCAAACGUGCUCUUAAUGGGUCCUGCGAUGAGGUGGAUGCUUCUGCUGGCGCUUGUCGGCACCGCGCUCGCCUAUAGGCCUGAGUUUCACGUCAACAUCACCGAACAAGGUUGUCCAGGCCGGCCGUCGCUGACAAAGCCAGUCUUUUGCUACUACGAAGGUCGUGCCUCCGUGCUGGAUCUGGAGCCAUGCCUUUGUUCGCAUUUGGUGCUCACCCACGCCGCUCGUUUCCCCAAGGUGUCAUCUCAGAAGACGCCGGUUGCUCCAAUGACCCUUCACCCAGGUCUUGUGCGGGCUGCUCGCUACCUGAAGGAACGCAACCCCGACCUGAAGGUCAUCGGCAGGAUUAGCGGAAACGCGAGGACGGCACUCUUGUCCGGCAAAGGCACAGAAGUGGCAGCCAACGUCGCGAUGAUGGUCAAGCGAUACGGCUUGCACGGAAUCGAAGUUGCUUUAGAAUGGGAAGGCUCAAAGAUGGCUGGGGGGGCUCACGGAAAGCAGAGACUCACAGCUUUUGUCAAGGGCCUUCGUGGAGCCUUGUCAAUUGUUUCUGGUUAUCCGAGGCGCUCUCGCCGCAGCUAUUCCGUUCACGAGGAGGUUGCAGAUGACAUCCCCUCUCCGAGUUGGAGAUCAGAUCGCUAUGUGAGGUACAACAGCUCGGCAGUUGGCCCUGAGACGUCGGCCAGCGAGACGAGGGUGCAAAUCGAGGACCGUGUGGUACUCAUUCUGCAGGUGCCAACUAGCUCCUCGACCCUGGGCAAGAUGUUCGACCUGAAGCCGCUGUCUAAGUACGUUUCAUUUUUCACUGUUCCUACCGACACCUUGAUCGACGCAUCAGAGACGGGUCUCACCUUCCAUCACAGUCGACUCAUGGGUCUAUCUGAUUUGCUCAAUACGGAUACCGUUCUGGAUUUGCUCACUGGGAUGGGAGCGCCGAUGUACAAAUUGAUCAUCACAGUUCCCGCCACUGGCCUUUACUUUAAUCUGCGAACUGCCUCCAGAAACAAACCUCGCUCUCCAGCCCACUGGCCACCAUAUUUAAUUUCGUAUCAACAGGUCUGCGGUGCGAUUAAAGAAGGAGGUUGGACAGUGGAGCGAGACGAAGACCUUACAGCACCCUACGCGUUCAGAAAUCAUUCUUGGAUGGCAUUUGAUGAUGCAACGAGCGCAGAAAUAAAAGGAAAAUAUGCUCUGCUCCGCGAUGUCGCCGGUGUUGCGAUUUACCCGAUUGACAAUGACGACCUUAAAGGCGAGUGCGGCAAGGGUACAAACGCCCUGACGAGGACUCUGCACGCCACCCUGAUGAACCUGUCCAGGAAGCCGCGUAGCGCCGUCCUGCAAAGCCUAAUCGAUCCCCUGGAAGCCGCAAAUGGCCCUCAACUGCAGACCUCCGCUCAGACGCUACAGCCUGUCACCGUUUCUCCCUUCAGGAUUGUUCGCGUGCUUGACCGAGCAGGUGCUGUGCAGGUCAUUCGGCGAGGCGUCCAAACGCAGUUUGAAUGCUCCAGGCAGGGAUACUUCAGACACCCUCAAGGAUGUGACAGGUUUUAUCGCUGCGUGAAAUUCGAUCAGACGAGUGACGACUUUGAAGUGUUUGAGUACGACUGCCCACCCGGAUUAGCUUUUGACGAGCGGCUGGAGGUUUGCGUUUGGCCAGGUCAAACCAACGCUUGCGAUGGCUCCAGUGAAAUUCGUCCAGUUCCUCGAGCGAAGUUCAUCUGCCCCGGCACUGGUUUCUAUGCCGACCCUGAAAACUGCCGCUGGUUCUUUGCCUGCAUGGAUCACGGAAGUGGUGGAUCGAGAAUCACCCCUUACGAAUUUAGGUGUCCAUUCGGUCUCGGCUUUGACGAACGCAGCCAGAUGUGCAACUGGUCGUGGCUGGUCAAUGCGUGCGGCAACAGUCUGGACAACGGAAACUUUGAUCAGUUGAAUCCAACGACCACGAGACCCACUUCCACGUUCAGGCCGUCGACGUUCGCGCCCCUCCCAACGCCACCGGCUGCAAUUAUUUCUCCCCAGUUCGUCAACAACGGUCUGAAAGCACCUCCUCCGCCAACUUUUAACAUUCCCAUUCCUGUCAAUGGCCCGACCUUCGGCCCAACCCCGGCAACUAUUUUGACCACUGUCCCCGUUGCAGCGGCUCCCAUAGUUCCCGUGCCAACCAUUGUCCACGACGGUGGCUACAACUAUGACGUGCCGGCUAACCCGCUUUUACUCCCUAAUGAAGUCUUCUUCGUCACUCCACAACCCGUUCCUGUGACUCCUCAGCUUGUUUUCGGAGACCGCAUCCCUCUGAGGCCAUCAGUGACUAUUAUUUCUGAAAACAAUGAAAAUGCCUUCAACGCCGCUGCCGUUGGCGGAGUUGCGAGCACCACAGCGCGACCCGGAUUCAGUGUUCGUCCGACUGUCCCUGGCCGACCAAGUGUUUCGGACUUUGUGAUCACAGCCAAACCUGCCGUAGAGGAUUCAUCUGACGCGUCGAUGGAAACUUCGACUACGUCUGCAAUGCAGAAUCUUGUCAGCUCUUUCAACAAUAUGAUCAGUGGGCUGCUCGGCGUCAACAACCAAAUACAGCAGAUGAUUCAAAAGGACAUGAACUCGCAGACUGCCGGCUCCGGUGCAGCAAGCGCCGCGGCCGCCACCACGACGACGACAACCGAGAGGCCUACAGGUACGGCACAAUUCCAAGACAUCCUCAGGCAACAACUGCAGCAACAGCGGGAGCAACAACUGGCAGACCAACAGCGGGAGCAACAACAACAAUGUGCAGCCACGAACAGUUGCCAGACACAACAACAGCAACAACAACAACAACAGCAACAGCAGCAACAACAACAACGGCAGCCAGUUGCUCCGGCUGUCACGAGUCAAUUCUCGAGCAGUUCAAGCAGCAGCUCGAGCUCAGCAGCAGCAGCUAGUGCUAGUGCCGCUUCUUCCGCCAGAAACCAAACCGUCGGCGUUUUCAACAACGGACAGUUCAGACCGGAGACAACCACAGCCUCGGCCGUCGCGUCCGCCAGCGCUUCCGCGUCCAGCUCGGCCAGCAGCUCAAGCUCUGCCUCUAGUUUUGCUGGAGCCGGAUUAGUUCAGCGUCCGAUCAAUGUUGCCGACCUGCAAGGAUCACAGAGCGUGAACCAGGAUGUUUACUCUGAAGAAUACGACUCGGCAGGUAGCUCAACUAUUAUCAGGCCAAGAGUCUUCAGUGCCGAGGCGAAACCCAUUUCUCUGAUCAUGAGACCAAACCACGCAAACAAAAUUCCUUUGGUUGAAAAACUGCAAGCCGCAAACAACAUGCACUUUGCUCGAAAUCUAAAUAUCGACGAUGAGGGCGGAAAAAUGGCUUCAAACGACACUCUCGGGCCCGAGAUUUGCCAACGUAAGGGUCUGUUCAGACACCCGCACGAUUGCAACAAGUUUUACGAAUGUUUCUACGAAGAAACCGCAGUCAAGUACAACAUUCGUGUGUUUGACUGUCCUGUGCGACUGUCAUACGACCCUAAGGCUACGGCUUGCAACUGGCCUAUUAAUGGCCCGGGGUGUACGUCAAACCAACUGAUACUUCAUUCAUAAAUGCUACUCUUCAAAGCAGUUCAUCAUAAAUUGUUAAACACAUGUUAUAUUCUUUAUAGGCGUAUGAGCGUUGAAUGCCACUGUACAAUCUGAAUCAUUUUGUUUAUAUAUGAAUAAUCUAAGCGUCUAUGAACUAUAAAAGAAUGGGUGUAUUGUUGCCAGUUAAGUGCGUAUAUUUGUUUAGAUUUAAGGCCGAAAAAACGUGCCAUGCGUUUUUAAGAAGACCACACAACCCAACUUAUUAGCAUGUAAUUUUUUCCUUUUGUGAGAUUUUUGCUCAGUCAGAAGCACAAAAGCACUAACAACCAAUGUUACUGUAUAAACACCAUCCAACAUACUAACUCGUAAACGUAAUUUACUUCAAAAUUUCAUCACCUUCCAAAGUUUUGUGAUUGAUUUCAAUUUGCUUUUGACAUGCGAAUAUAACUAUAACCAUGACAAUGUUACCAAUUGUAUUUAUAAAAAAUGUAGCUAUAUCAAUCAACUGUUUAAUAAAUUUUAUAGCAAAACAA